AUGUCUGUCACGGACAUAGUAUCUGUCUUUGCAGAGGGCACUUUCGAGGAACAGGUGCAAGAGUUAGUGAAUUACAUUGGACGAGGCCGUUCGGACGAAGAUCGGGCAACACUUAUUCACCCAUUCCAAGAUGCACUAAGGACGUCUGAGAAUGAUAAGCCACUUGCAGAAGACGUGGAGAAACAGCAGAAGGUUCUAUCUAUGGUCGUAGUGCAAGUGAAGGGGCUAGGAGACGGCUCGGAGAAAGAGAUCGAGGGCUUCUUCAACCUCCUGUACUCGCAUCUCCUGACUGUAUAUCCCACUGAAUCGACGCAAACGAAGGAGGCUGUCUCGCAUCUACUUCAAGUCAUCUCCUUGUCUUCCGCAGAGUCCUCAAUAAAAUAUCGAAUACUGUCCAAUCUCUUCAACGCGCUCCCUCGGCGUUCUCCACUGCGCCUCCCUGUCUACAGAACUCUCCUAGAUAUCGCCAGCACCAAUGAUGAGCUCGAGGUGCUCCAAAUUUCACGGGCCGAUGUUGAGAAAUGGAUGCAGGAAUGGGACGUGACACCGGAGGAGAAGAGUCAAUUCCUGAAAAGCAUUUCCGAUGCAUUCUCAAAAUCUGGCCAGCCAGAGACCGCCUACCUGUUCACCCUCUCCUAUGUACGCUCUUUACCGUCGUCCUCUCCAGAAGCCCAGGCGGCCGCACUCGAAGCCAUCGCUGCUGCUCUCCGUCUACCAAUAUACAACUUCGACCCCCUUUUCAAACUGGAUGCUGUCGUUGCGUCCAAAGAACACGAAUUGUUCUCCCUUCUCCAAGUUUUCUUGAACGGCGGAUUGUCCGAGUAUCAGUCUUGGGAGCAAAGUCAUCCGGAUGCUUUUGAAAGAUACAACCUCGACAGAGAGCAGCUCGGGAGGAAAAUCAGGUUACUGACGUUAGCCUCCCUUGGCUUUGAUAAUCUCGGAAAAGAUCUGCCUUAUACCAAAGUUGCCGAAGUGCUGCAAGUGGACCCCUCACAAGUGGAGAAGUGGGUGAUCGACGUUAUCCGUGCUGGUCUGCUCUCCGGUAAAUUGUCUCAGACGUCGCAAACAUUACACAUCACGCGAUCAACAGCCCGCACAUUUGAGCGGGAGCAAUGGCAGCUGCUGGAACAGCGGCUGGUCGCAUGGAAGGCUGGGUUGGCAAGCGUCCUGGAAGUUGUUGCCACUGCUCAGAAAAAGAAUGCUGCCGACUCGGCGCCC